UGGGAAAUCUGUCUAAACCAGCCCACCCUGGGGGUACCCUGGCACCCAUUGUCAUCUGAUAAACUGUCUACUCAUAUCUCCCCUGUCCAAUUCAGGCAAAGCUCCUAGAGCCAGCUCAGUGUCAACAUGUCUCCUCCCUAGGUAAUUUUGCCCUCUGGGGUCCUUCCUUGCUCCCCUGCCAAUCUGGAUACUGGAGGUGGGGCUGACAGCUGGGAUGAGGCCCCGCCUCCAGCUCCCAUCCAAUCAGGAUCCCUUCCUCCGGGGGCUGGGCCCACAGGCAGCUCUCCAAGCCUCUAGCUCCUGCACUAGGCUUACAGCCAGGGAUGAUGUGCUACUGCUGCCACUGCCACUGGCGCUGCCGCCGCUGUCAGCGGCUACCCUGUGCCCUGACACUGUUGCUGCUGCUGCCACUGGUCUUUGUACCCCCUCUAGCUGUGGCCUCUGAGGGCCUAAACCGCUGUGAUACCAUAUACCAAGGCUUUGCCGAGUGUCUCAUCCGCCUGGGGGACGGCAUGGGCCGUGGAGGCGAGCUACAGACCAUCUGCAGAUCCUGGAAUGACUUCCAUGCCUGUGCUUCUCGGGUCCUGUCGGGCUGCCCAGAGGAGGCUGCUGCAGUAUGGGAGUCCCUGCAGCAAGAAGCUCGCCGUGCCCCCCACCCAGAUAACUUGCACGUCCUCUGUGGCGUCCCCGUCAGUGUUCGGGAGAUGGUUGCUGGCCCAGAGACCAACCAGGAGACACUACGGGCCACAGCUCCAGCCCCAGCCCCUUCCUUAUUUGCCGCUGCUCUGGCACUUGCCUGCCUCCUGGGGCCUCUGGCCUAAACAGUCUGGUUGGCUAGCCAACAGUGCCCUUGCCUCCCAUCACUGCAUGCAGUGGCCGCUGUGUGGGCUCUGCAGAAUGUGCACAAUUUCCAUUAAAGGUAUUUAUAUUUG